CAAGGCAGCCAUGAACCUGUUCAGGAAGGAUGCCAUGACCACUAAGAAGGAGAAGGAGAAAGAGAUCCAGUAUGAGGACCCCCCAGAUGGAGGUUGGGGCUGGAUGGUGGUGCUGCAUUGUUUCCUGGUAAACGUCCUAGUGAUGGGAACACUGAAGAGCUUUGGGAUCUUCUUCGUGGCAUUCCAAGAUGAGUUUGGAGGCUCGUCAGAGAGCAUCAGCUGGAUCGGUUCCAUCAUGUCGAGUCUGCGUCUGUCUGGAGCACCCCUUGCCUCUGUGGCCUGUGCCAAGCUAGGAGCCAGGGUGACCUCUAUCGCCGGGGCAGUGCUGGUUAGUGGAGGCUUCCUCAUCAGUAUUUUGGCCAACAGUGUGGUGUUCCUCUACAUCAGCAUGGGAUUGAUAGUUGGAAUGGGUUUUGCACUACUAUACCAAUCCUUCUCAGUGGUCACAGCGCUGUACUUCCGAAAGAGGCUAGCAACAGCGUAUGCGAUCGGGCGUUCUGGGAUGGGUUUGACCUUUGCCCUUGCGCCGUUCACUCAGCUACUCCUGGACAAAUAUGCUUGGCAAGGGGCAAUGCUGAUUCUUGGUGGUCUCAUGCUGAAUCUGGUGGCCACUGGGAUGCUUCUGCGACCUAUCAAUGUGAAGCCUCCCGUGUCAAACCCUACCUCUUCUCCCAUCCAAAAGAGCCCUGCUGUUUCCCUUAAGAGCUCCUCAGAGAAGGAAUACACUAAGAGCUGCUUGAAUGGUUCCUCUCACUUAUCCAAUGGCAUCUCCAAAUCAGACUCAUUCCCAUCCCCUCCUCUCCCUCACGGUGACACUGAGAACCUGGGGGGACAAUGUACUCAGGGUCUCCAGGACCAGUCAGUGAACCCUGAACUGACCAGACUGGUCCUCAAUGGUGUGAAUGGCCAUGAGCCCCACCAUGACUUGGGUCAGUGUAAACCCACAACUCCAGACAGCUCUGCGGAGCUCAAUGGCAGUGUGAAUGGGUCCACCAUUGUUGGAUAUCCCUCACAUGCCAGCACGCCAAGUGAGGUGACUGUCAGAAAAGCCAAAGUACUGGAUUUCUCCCUACUAAAGGACCCAUUCUUUUGCAUCUACACUUGGUCCUUGGUCUUCAGCCAGUUGGCCUACUUCAUCCCCUAUUUCCACCUGUCUGCCCGUGCCAGAACCCUGGGCAUCGAUGCCAUGGAUGCUUCCUUUAUCAUCUCUGUGGCAGGUAUCACAGAGACCAUCGCCCAGCUGGCCUCGGGCUGGGUGACAGACAGGAACCUGUUUCAUAAAUACCACUACCACAAGGCCUACCUGAUCCUCUGUGGCUUGGUCAACCUGCUCUCCCCACUGGCCACCUCCUACAUCCUGCUGAUGGUUUACGCUGUCUUCUUUGCCAUCUUCUGUGGUGGAUACAUGGCUCUGCUGCUGCCCGUUCUAGUAGAUCUUGUGGGGUCAGACAAACUCAACAACUCCAUGGGCUUCUCCAUGUUCUUUGUCGGCCUGGGUUGCCUCACAGGGCCUCCUUUGGCAGGGUUCCUGUAUGACUAUACUCAGACUUACGACUGUUCUUUCUACCUGGCUGGGCUCUGCUAUCUGCUCUCCUCCCUCUCCCUGUUCAUGGAGCCGCUGGCUCAGCGCUGGAAGGCCAGGAACAAACUGACCCGGGACAAGAGAGCAGAAAGCAGCUGUAAGACCAACGGCUGCUUCACCCCCGACCGCCUGCAGAACGGCACUGUGUAGGAAUGAAACCCAGGGAAGGCCUUCGAUCUUGAACCAGCAUGCUCAUAACUUGCCAUGUGCCUGCAUACCUUGGACCUUGGACUCCAGCUUAAAGUCGUGACCCAAGUGGCCCUUAAGUUCUGCAGGAGCGUAACACGGGCCGAGGAGAAGGUUAUGACCACAGUAACAUGAGGUUUAAGAACAUACAGUAGACGUUGGUGAAUAGAUGAUUAUGUUGAACUUUUAAAAAGCCAAAAUUUUAGUGUUCUGCUAAAUAUUUUAUGCCCUAUUCUUGUUCUUAUCAGAGGUACAUGCAUCUGCAUCCGAAGAUAAUUGCGCACAUACAUCAUCCAGCACAUUUUAAUAUUAGCAGCUUUGCAAGCAUAACUUAUUAAAACAUAAUCUAAAUCUGUUUUCCAAUGCAACAACAAAACUGCACUCACUUUGCAGUAACUUUUUAUUGCGCAUAACAUUGCUGGAAACUAAGCUGUGCAGUUGAGCUCAAAAUCCUGUCUUCAACAAUUUUUUCUGUGAUGACAUUAAUGGAAGCACAUAUUCAUGAAGGAAUAUUUUUCACCUGAUUUCUUUGGAAGCCUUUGCCUGUAUCUGUAAACAUGUAUUCACUGAUAUGCACUUUGGGCCAAGUUGUGAUUAUGCUGCAUUACAUUUCCUCUGACCUGUAACUACCAGAUAGUUAAGAUACUGAGCAACCACUUAAUUGCAGCCAGCUUCUAUGACACAUAGUGUAAUGUGUGCUCUUUGAAGCCAAAAAAAGCAGCAACUGCUUCAGUAGUUUAACAGAGAAAAAUGUAUCUCUUGCCCCAACAAGAUUAUUGUAGCCACAGCUUUCAGUGUCAUUGCUUAAAUUUCAAAUGACAAAUCAAUUCACUCACUUUUCAGCAGUACACAUCAUUUGCCAUUCAAACUGCUUUCAUCUCUUACACUUCAACUGUUUGUUAGUCUUUAACUGACUGUUUAACUACUUUAACCAACAUAUCAACUGCUGUCACUGCUUACAUACAAACUGACACUCAAAACUCACUGUUUUUUCCACGGCAUACACUUCAACUAUCUCUAGUGCUUGAAAUCUUAACUGCUUGCAUUGUUUACAGUUUAACUGACAUUUCAACUUUCAUUUGUAAUGCUGCAAAUGACAGUUCAACUACUCACAUUUCUUACACUUCAGCUGAUUUCAGCUGCUUUCAGCUCAAGCACUUUAACUGACACCUCAGCACCUUUCAAUGCUCACACUUCAACUAACACCUCAACUCCUUAAAUCACAUUUUAAGACACUGUAACCUUAAUAAUUCAGAAUUAUUUUUUUUUAAUCGAAAUCACGUGGAAACCUUUUAAAUACUACUACAAACUAGAAACUACCUUUCUCCUUUUGAUAGUCAGUAAUGAUAAUAGACAUUCAAAUAACUUAAAUGCAGAAUAAGUAGAAUUUGUCGGUUGCUGUUUGUAAACACAUGAUUCAAAGUUGGCCCCUCCUCCCCAGAGCAGAGAGAGAGAGAGAGAGAGAGAGAGAAUGAAUGAAGAGAGGGAGUGGCAUUAGCGAGAACAAAGCAGUGAAUCAAAGAAAUAAAACAUUAUUUUUUUAUUGUUUCACACUGGUUACGUUCUAAAGCACAAAUAAAAUCGCCCACACCUCCACACAACCCUGCGCGAAAUAGCCAGCUUCACCCUGUCUGCUGCUCUCUGCUCUGCACGUGUGUGUAGCUCAGACCAGACCUCUCUCCACACUUCAUUUUAGCGCUGUGCCAGCGCUGGAGAGACAUCUAUGGCACAGACAGAGAGCAGAGGAGUACGGAUCCCAGGAGCGGACAUGGACAUAAUUUUUUUAUAAAAUGCAUGUGCGCUUUAUAUAAAAAAUGACGUCCUUGUCCCUUCCCGGGCUCCGUAGAGGAGAGAGGCGGAGACAGCGAUGUAACCUGCUCGCUACGUUUUUAUCCCAACCUCACAGCCUGCGCGCUGUUAUUGGCUGGGUGAUACACACCACUGCCCAAAGGUUGACGCCCAGAAAUGUCCCGAACACAGCAAACUGAUAAGAAAUUAAGAAAAUACAGGCAGAGGGCAGAAUCUCUGCAGAUACAGACACCGCCACACACUUCUAGUGGAUCAAAAGUGAUGAUUGAGAGGGAUUAUUUCUGUAUGAGUCUAUACAUUGUUUUUAGGAAAAUCCUACUCAUUCUGCCUUUAACAUUCACAUUAUGUACUACUUGACAGCACCUGCAGAUGAGAAACCAGUCACACCUAGCUCAUUGUUUGUGAGCUGUUCUAUGCAAGUGCACACAGAGAGAGAUUUUCCUGUCAUUAACAGCUCACUUGCAUGUCAUUUUAACUGUAGCAAAGAUACUAGCUCCUGAAAGAAGAAGCCUCCUUGGUCGAGAUUUAAGUACGUUUAGCAGGUGUUUCUGUGUGAUUGUGUGUGAUUAAGUGUCAUUUUGUCGAACUUGUAUGUCUGUAAAUCUCGGACCAACUGUGUUACAAAGACGUUUUGCUGAUGUUGCCCUUAUACAUGUAGAUGCAUGGUGCCCCAACUGGACUGGUAAGAAACUGUUGCCUAGCCUUUACAGUGCCUGCAGGCAGCCAAUUAAUAGCAAUGCAACUUUUAAUUAUAUUGUGUUUAUAUAUGGGAGUCUGUUGGUUGUUGAAUCUUUUUUUAUGUAGAGGAGGUUUUUGUGUUUUCAGUGGAUUACUUGUUUUUCACCAGUUUGCCUUACAAGGUACUGUAUUGUAUCUUUACUAACUUUUCUGUGAUGUCAGCCAAAGACACAUUAGAAACCUACCUACAACUUGAAGCAUACUAUUAGUAAAAAUAGUUUGGACAAUAUAAUAUAAUUUAAACCACUUUAAAUCACACCAUUAUUCAGUCAUUUCCAAGUCUGAAUUAAGGACGCCCAGAAUCCAGUGAUGGACAUGUGUUUUGUUACGCUGCCCUCUUGUGGCAGAGGAACGCUUCUACUCAAAGAAUGCUGUCUCAAUUAGUAGCAAAUUAUUCCUCCUCAACUCACUUUCACAAUACUGAGCAAGGCUCUUUGUAUUGCUUCAAUAACGACAGUCAUGCACAAAAGCUCUUUUGGCUCACGAGUUGCAUUCACCACCAGUAUGCUUUUGUGCUUGAGGGCCACUGAAUAUUUUGUACCAUAAUAAAUCUUUUAUGAAAAGUAUUUGAUGCUUUAAAAAUAGAUUUUGGAUUGGGAUUAUUUUACUUGUUAGUUAUCUGGAUAUUUUAAGUAACAGUAUGUUUGAGCAUUAUCUUGAAAGGAUUUAUAUGUCCCUUUGGUAAUGUCUCAAACACUACUGAUAAGGAACCGAGUUUGAUGGCAUUUGAUCUUAUGUUUUUGUUUCAGGAAAUACAUUUAUGGGUAAAGCACUGUUUUGUCACUACUCUGGCUCCUGGAUUUGUGAACUGAUAGUUUAGAAAAUAUGCUUAACCAAUCAUAGAUAUACUGUUCCAAGCCGUUAAGAGUUCAUUUUUAAGCCUUGUAACAGUGCGCAGUCAGCUGUAAUAAACUGACAUGACUCAAGUCUGUUCUUGUGUGAUUCAGACAAUACUAGGCCAACUUCUAUCUCUCUGCAAAAAACACUCACAAGUUUCAACAUCUUUAACAUGUUUUAUUGACACGUUAUUUAGACACACUGACGUGAAUAAACAAAAUAAUUCAUCUA